AUGACGACCGAGGAAUGGACAGCGCAAUUCCUCAAUCAGCAGCCCCAAGCGACACCCAGUGACACGGAAGAGGAAGAUAAUGAGUGGGUGCGAUAUCGCACCCGCGCCUUCGCCGAGGAAGAGGCCCGACGCGAGGAGGAACGCCGGAAGGAGGCGGAAUACCUCGCCGUGAUAGACGAGCUGUUGGCCCAAGAAGGCCCGUGGGAAACGGAAACCUGGCUGGAAGAAGAGAGCCUCAACCUCGAGGAAAACCCGCAUACGCCCUCUUCCAGGUUCGCCGACGAACAAAACCGCUGCCGGCUGCUGCGAAAACCAUCAACAGCCAAGGUGGCCCUCGAUCGGAAUUCCCUGGCCAACGUGCCGGGCCCCAGCUAUGACGAAUGCGGUAUCAAAAUACGACCGCACUCGUACGCACAGAAUGCGAGCGAUCAUCCUAGACGAGACGUACGGAGAGGCGCCUGUGAGGGUAGCAGCAACCGCAGUCCCAACGUGACCAGCACCGAUCGCCAUGGACAAGGUGGCAGUACGGAGCCGCUAACGGGAGAAUCUGAAGCGGCCUUUUUCAGCAGCAACCCGACCUCGAUGACGACGGCUCGACCGACUUGGCGUCCCGAAUACCCGAUGUACGAAAACGAAGCCGCGCGGUUGGAAUCGUUCGAGGCUUGGCCAACGGCGAUGUCUCCGAAUCCACAACAGCUGAGCGACGCGGGAUUUUUCUACACCGGCCAAGGCGAUCAGGUGAAGUGCUUUAGCUGCGGCGGAGGACUGAAGGACUGGGAGCCGGACGAUGACCCGUGGGAGCAGCAUAGCAUCUGGUACGGUAAUUGCGCCUACAGGACGAUGAUGACAACACCGAAACUCCUGGACGACGCCAUGGAUAACGAGAGGAUCGCAACCCCGAGCGGCGGUCCCGACGGCAAGAGUUGCCGGAUCUGCUAUGACAGCGAGUACAAUACGGCGUUCAUGCCGUGCGGCCAUGUCGUGGCGUGCGACAAGUGUGCCUCAUCCGUCACCAAAUGCCCGAUAUGCCAGCAGCCGUUUUACAAUGUACUAAAACUUUACCUGUCCUAGUAGAAAAGUUCGUAAACGAAAUCGAACUUCUAGAGUUAACGUAGCGAUAGUGAGCCCAGCGAGUGGCCACCACCAGUCCUGCGAUCGUGUGCUCACGGGAGCCACGCCAGCGUAUAGACCUAAGAAUUCCGCGAUAGUGAACCCAACGUGGGUCACAAGCGAUAAAUCGGUAACUCCGCGAUGGUGAGCUCACGUGAGCCACCAAACCGAUAGAAUUCCGCGUAC